UCGGCGUCCUAUGUAAAAACAUUUAAUUAUUUUGUUUUGAUCGCGGAUUAUUACCGUAUCCCAGCACGCGAAAUGCUGCAUCCCCAGGCGAUGGAAUCCAUACCCACUCUGCACCAGCCGCUGCACUCGAAGGUGUCAAACUAUCUAAACAACCAGCGGAGAACGGGACAAUUCUGUGACCUGCUCCUGGAACUGGAUUCGGAUGACUCCCUCAGCCUGAGUGUCCAUUUCUGCGUGCUGGCUGCCCAGAGCCAGUUGAUAAGCACCAACCAGAAGCAGCAGCAGUUCUCCAUCCACAAUCCGCUGAAGAUCACCAUCCGGAAUUUCAGCUGCACCCAGUGCCUGCACACAAUUGUGGACUUCUUCUACGAGGACAUAAUGUCCGUUUCCAAGGAGCACGAGCCACACUUUCGGGAAUUGGCACAGAUCCUGGCCGUAACCGAACUCCUCAAUCUCUUCCAGCUGCAGCCGUUGGGCGAGGUGAAGGAAAUUUCGGAGAUUACGACGCCUGGAGGCGUGGAACUGAAUCCAGAGCCCGCGAGGAAGGCGGAGGAUGUGUUUGAAAACCGACAGAGUUACUUUAAGUUAAAGAACCCGAGGGCCGUAAAGUCCAGCAGCAAGGUAAACUACUGCAUUGGCUGCGACUACAAGUGCUAUCAGGUGCAGAAGAUGAUCGAGCACAUGGGCAGCUGCGAGCCCUCUCAUCUGACCUGCUCCCUUUGCGAGGUGGGCUUCCUGGACUGGCGGGAGUACGACACGCAUCUUCGCCGGCACUCCGGUGAUCUGCGCAAACCCUUCUUCUGCCUGCAGUGCGGCAUCCGCUUCACCACUCGAGCUGCCCUGCUUGUCCAUCAGCCCAAGCACUCCACCGAAACACCUCACAUCUGUCCGCAUUGCGGCAAGGGCUUCAAGUGGAAACAGGGCCUGAGCAAUCAUAUCCUGGUCCAUAAUCCCGAGAAGCAAAUGCUUUGCGACGUCUGCGGCUACAGCACCACUCACAUGAAGGCCCUCAAGUCGCACAAACUACUCCACACCGGCGAGUUCUUCGCCUGCACUGUUUCGGGCUGCAAGCAUCGAGCCAAUCGCAAGGAAAACCUCAAGCUGCACAUCGAAACCCACAAGCAGGGAAGGGAUUUCAUCUGUGAGAUCUGCGGAUGCAAGUUCAGUCAGAGCAAGAACCUCAAGCGACACGCGUUAAAACAUACAGAGAAUGGUCCCAAUCGGUACAAGUGCCAAUUGUGCGGAUUUAGUAGUCAUCGAUCGGACAAAAUGAAGGAGCACGUGCAGCGGGUUCACACGGAGAAGGCGGUGCAAUUGGAGCUCUCGGAGACGGUGGACAGUUCCUUUCCCGAUGACUUUGAUUUACCCGUAAUCGAAUCCUUUGCUACGCCCAAAAAAAAACCCAAGGAAGUCAAGAGCAAAGAAAAAAGGGAUACAAAUCCUGACAAACGACUGAAAACUUUACUGCCGAAAGAGACUUUUGAAUAG